AUGGGAAGCAGAGCUUUGCUUCUGGUCAAGGGAGUGUCUUCUUCUUCGCUACCCAAGAACCAGCUUUUCUGCAACUUUAACUGCAAAAGCAACUUUCCUCGUCCUAACAACAACUGGGUUCGUACAAAUUGCUCAACAACCCAAAGCAGCGGGCCUUCUCUGGAGCCUCCAGACUUGCCUCGUUUGGCUCAGACUGCUCGAAUUUCUCUGACCCCUCAUGAGGUUGAAGAAUUUGCUCCCAAAAUUGGACUUGUUAUAGAUUGGUUUGGGCAGCUUCAAGAUGUUGAUCUUCAAAGUGUGGAGCCCUCAAUCAGAGCAGAUACUGAAGGUGAUAGUUUCCGGGCCGAUAUUCCUGAAACAUUUGAGAACAGGGAGGCCAUGAUUGCAGCUGUUCCAAACUAUGAGGAGCCAUAUAUUAAAGUUCCCAAGGUCUUGAACAAGGAGUAG